AUGAAGCCACUUCUGAAAGCUUUGAAAAUCGGGAAUCGAGCUGUAGAAGACGUCAAGACGGUUCAGAAACUUCCAAAUUUUGUUCAGAAGACGUCAGGACGUUUUAGAGGUUUUCAGUGUCGGGAAUCAAGGUGCAGAAGACGUCAGAACGUUACAGAAUUUAGAAGAGUCAAGAAUUAAGGUUCAGAAGACGUCAGGACAGUGAAGCAGCUUCAGAAGUCCCCAAAAAUCGAAAAACGAGCUGUAGAAGACGUCAGGACGGUUCAGAAGCUUCAAAAUACCUUUUAGAAGGCGUCAGGACGUUUCAAAGUUGAUAAUCAGAAGACGCCAGGACAGUGAAGCAGCUUCACAAGACGUUGUCAGUUUCGAAAUCUCGUCAGGACAAUUCCAGAAUUUUCAAAGACGUCGAAAGCUUCGAAAUCCCGUUCGGGAGACGUCAGGACAAUACAGAAGCCUCCGAAGAAGACGUCAGGACUGUCGAGAAGUUCCUUUUCCGAAGCAGAAGCACUCAGAAUCCGACAGUCGUUGCGGAAAAACGACGUCUUCUCGGUCCUAGGCGUGGAUCUCGCGUUUUAUUUGCUCGUCGGCGGCAAAAGCCUUUUUAGAAGUGGGCGUGGUCUUGUUGUUCGUCGUCGUAGUCGCCAUUAUUCAGAGCCUUCGCCCGCCCGUCCGAUUCUUUCUCGAGUAUCCGAUUGGCCGAGUGGAGGAGUAG